AUGAGAAGUGACAACCGCCCUUCGUUCGUCUUCUUCGUAGCGGCCCUCGUACUGCUGGUGGUAAGCGCGUCUGCUGAAACCCUGGUAUGUGGCGCAUCGGACAUUGAGGGCGCUUCAGCCUCCAUUGUUUGCCCCUCCGACUGGGUGAUUGUGGGAAUCCCCUUCGUGUCGUACGGCCUGCCGACGGGCACUUGCCCCAACUACGUCAGUGAACCUGUCUGCGAGUCGCACACUGUCUUUGGCACCGUGGCGAGCCUCUGCGUGGGUCGCAACAACUGCUCCGUGGUGCAGAACGCGGAGAAAUUCGGUCCUUUGGGUGGCACCUGCACCAAAGUUUACAAGCGCCUGCGCUUGGUGGCCCAAUGCGCACCGCUCGCCCCCAAGCCCUCGAUCUCGCCCUUGCCGGCCCUGCCGCCGUCCCACACGUACGCGUGUGGCACUGCGCCCGAGUGGCAGCAAACCACCAUCACAUGCCCAGCCGGCUCGGUGGUUGUCAGGAUUCCGUUUGCCUCGUAUGGUCUGCCAACAGGCGUCUGUCCAAACUACGCGAUCGACCCCAAUUGCCACUCGACAGCGAUCAUGCACAUUGCAGCCUCGCGCUGCUUGGGCAAGAAGAGCUGCACCAUCAGCCACCCAAGCGAGUUGAACAUCCUUGGCGACCCUUGCUACUACCUAAACAAGCGCAUCACUGUCGUCGUUGAAUGUGCGCCUGCUUCCGGGCUAAUGGCUCAGAUGUAG